AUGUGGAUGGUAUACCAUACAAGCUUUAUUUAUGUGGAAGGUAUACCAUACAAGCUUUAUUUAUGUGGAAGGUACACCAUACAAGCUUUAUUUAUGUGGAAGGUAUACCAUACAAGCUUUAUUUAUGUGGAAGGUAUACCAUACAAGCUUUAUUUAUGUGGAAGGUAUACCAUACAAGCUUUAUUUAUGUGGAAGGUAUACCAUGCAAGCUUUAUUUAUGUGGAAGGUAUACCAUACAAGCUUUAUUUAUGUGGAAGGUAUACCAUACAAGCUUUAUUUAUGUGGAAGGUAUAUCAUACAAGCUUUAUUUAUGUGGAAGGUACACCAUACAAGCUUUAUUUAUGUGGAAGGUAUACCAUGCAAGCUUUAUUUAUGUGGAAGGUAUACCAUACAAGCUUUAUUUAUGUUGAAGGUAUACCAUACAAGCUUUAUUUAUGUGGAAGGUAUACCAUGCAAGCUUUAUUUAUGUGGAAGGUAUACAAUGCAAGCAUUAUUUAUGUGGAAGGUAUACCAUACAAGCUUUAUUUAUGUGGAAUGUAUACCAUACAGCUCUAUUUAUGUGGAAGGUAUACCAUGCAAGCUUUAUUUAUGUGGAAGGUAUACCAUACAAGCUUUAUAUAUGUGGAAGGUACACCAUACAAGCUUUAUUUAUGUGGAAGGUACACCAUACAAGCUUUAUUUAUGUGGAAGGUAUACCAUACAAGCUUUAUUUAUGUGGAAGGUUUACCAUGCAAGCUUUAUUUAUGUGGAAGGUAUACCAUACAAGCCAUAUUUAUGUGGAAGAUACACCAUACAAGCUUUAUUUAUGUGGAAGGUACACCAUACAAGCUUUAUUUAUGUGGAAGGUACACCAUACAAGCUUUAUUUAUGUGGAAGGUAUACCAUUCAAGCUUUAUGUAUGUGGAAGAUACACCAUGCAAGCUUUAUUUAUGUGGAAGGUAUACCAUACAAGCUUUAUUUAUGUGGAAGGUAUACCAUACAAGCUUUAUUUAUGUGGAAGGUAUACCAUGCAAACUUUAUUUAUGUGAGAGGCAUACCAUACAAGCUUUAUUUAUGUGGAAGGUAUACCAUACAAGCUUUAUUUAUGUGGAAGGUAUACCAUACAAGCUAUAUUUAUGUGGAAGGUAUACGAUACAAGCUUUAUUUAUGUGGAAGGUAUACGAUACAAGCUUUAUUUAUGUGGAAGGUAUACCAUACAAGCUAUAUUUACGUGGAAGGUAUACCAUACAAGCUUUAUUUAUGUGGAAGGCAUGCCAUACAAGCUUUAUUUAUGUGAGAGGCAUACCAUACAAGCUUUAUUUAUGUGGAAGGUAUACCAUACAAGCUUUAUUUAUGUGGAAGGUUUACCAUACAAGCUUUAUUUAUGUGGAAGGUUUACCAUACAAGCUUUAUUUAUGUGGAAGGUAUACCAUACAAGCUUUAUUUAUGUGGAAGGUUUACCAUACAAGCUUUAUUUCUGUGGAAGGUAUAUCAUACAAGCUUUAUUUAUGUGGAAGGUAUAGCAUACAAGCUUUAUUUAUGUGGAAGGUAUACCAUACAAGCUUUAUUUAUGUGGAAGGUAUACCAUACAAGCUUUAUUUAUGUGGAAGGUAUACCAUGCAAGCUUUAUUUAUGUGGAAGGUAUAUCAUACAAGCUUUAUUUAUGUGGAAGGUACACCAUACAAGCUUUAUUUAUGUGGAAGGUAUACCAUGCAAGCUUUAUUUAUGUGGAAGGCAUACCAUACAAGCUUUAUUUAUGUGGAAGGUAUACCAUACAAGCUUUAUUUAUGUGGAAGGUAUACGAUCCAAGCUUUAUUAAUGUGGAAGGUAUACCAUGCAGGGUUUAUUUAUGUGGAAGGUACACAUACAAGCUUUAUUUAUGUGGAAGGUACACCAUGCAAGUUGUAUUUAUGUGGAAGGUAUACCAUACGAGCUUUAUUUGUGUGGAAGGUAUACCAUACAAGCUUUAUUUCUGUGGAAGGUAUACCAUACAAGCUUUAUUUCUGUGGAAGGUAUACCAUACAAGCUUUAUUUAUGAGGAAGAUACACAUACAAGCUUUAUUUAUGUGGAAGGUACAUCGUGCAAGUUUUAUUUAUGUGGAAGGUAUACCAUACAAGCUUUAUUUCUGUGGAAGGUAUACCAUACAAGUUUUAUUAAUGAGGACGGUAUACCAUACAAGCUUUAUUUAUGUGGAAGGUACACAUACAAGCUUUAUUUAUGUGGAAGGUACACCAUACAAGCUUUAUUUCUGUGGAAGGUAUAUCAUACAAGCUAUAUUUAUGUGGAAGGUAUACCAUACAAGCUUUAUUUAUGUGGAAGGUACACAUACAAGCUUUAUCUAUGUGGAAGGUACACCAUACAAGCUUUAUUUAUGUGGAAGGUAUACCAUACAAGCUUUAUUUAUGUGGAAGGUACACAUACAAGCUUUAUCUAUGUGGAAGGGUUAUUUUUGA